AUGGCGCUAAACCUUACAUCUUUAGAUCCUAGAAACCUCGAGUGGGUUGCUCCUCGUGACAAGCAGAUAGCUGAGUUACGAGAACUACAGAAAGGAUUUGAAGCUGCGAAAGCUAAGUUCUUCAAGAAAAUCGAGAAGAAGCGAGAAAAUCUCAUUGCUACGCAUCAACGUGAGAAGGACGUCUUUUUGAACAAGGAGCAGGCAAACAGCCCAGGAGCUGCGCUGCUAAAGAAAAGUGGUGAUAGAGCUAGGCAAACACUGGCGUUCACCUCCAAGGCUUCAACAUACACAAGCACGCCUCAGGCAUGCCCAGUUAAGCAGACUCCUCCAUUCAUCUAUCUUUGCUCUGAUGACGAUGAGCCGGUCUUUCUAGAACAGAGGACCGCACUAGCAUCAUCACCUACUCCAGCACUGUUAAGAGACAGCUCUAAGGCAUCUAAGUGUUCAGCAGAAACCUCAAAGCCUAGGCGUGGAGAAAACGUGCUGCCACAGUCACCGCAUAACUUAGAAGAGCAACAGGGAGCUCGGAACGCUACUCUAAACAAUACGGAUGUUCCAACAGAUCCAACAGAAUGUAACACAACUCUACCACCACAAAGGGAUGUUGAGAUGCCAGAUAGAGAUAGGCCUCCAGCAGAGGCUGCUCAAGGCAAGUCACGACUUAUUUCAGGCACUUCUUUACCACCAUGCAUCACCUCUAGAGCGCGAAAGUCAAAUAUCCCAGGCAACGCCUUCAAGAGACCUUUUGAUCCAGCUAUACGUAAAUCUCUCACCCAACAUAACAGCAAUUUUCUAGCGAGCUCCCAGGUGCCGACAUCUAGCGCAUACCACUCAGAUACUACACCAAGUCCGUGUGUUAUCUCGGUCGCUUCUCAGACAAACGAUUUACGUUCCUAUUUCGCCAAGAGGGGCAAGAGAAAAGUAAUUGACAUCAGUAGUGACGAAGCUGGUGACGAAGAUGGUGAUGACGGCCCAUCUUUUAACGAUGAGUGGGCAGAAGAAGAAGAAAAUCAGAGAACAAGAACUAACAGAGCAAAAUGCAUGCCUUCUUUGGUUUCUACCGCUACAAGUGGGCUAUCUCUUCCCACUCCAGCGGCCGCAUCACUUUACUCCAACCGAAAGGCUAAGCUUGACGCGAUCGAGAAGAUAGCACAGAUUAGUCAACAAAGCACAGAGUCCUUCACUAGAGAGGACGUUGAUAUGUUAGCGAACGACUCAGACGAUGAGAGCGUCAGGGCUCCUGGGCGGCGCCGGAUUGUCAAAGCUACAGUAGAGGAGAAUGACAUGAGCCCAUGACAUUUGGCGUCAGACUCCAGCAAACACAAA